GGCCUGCCUCACGAGGAAACAGGUUCGGUUUCAGCUAGCUAGCUCCUUAAUACAGUUUUUGUUAUACACAAAGCUUCCAUUAGAUCGAGCAUGGAUAAACGCACUCAAUUAUAUGAGCGUGUGUUCGAGCACUUUGACAACAACGGAGACGGUAACAUAUCACCCUCUGAGCUGCAACAAUGUGUCGGGGCAAUAAGCGGCGGGGAGCUUUCGCUAGCAGAGGCAGAGGCAGUGGUGGAAUUGCACGACUCGAAUGGCGAUGGCUUGCUGGGGUUGGAGGACUUCUUAAGGCUUGUGGAAGGAGGGGAAGAGGAAGAGAAGGUGAAUGACUUGAGGGAGGCGUUUAAGAUGUAUGAGAUGGAUGGUUGUGGGUCUAUAACACCCAAGAGUCUUAGGAGGAUGCUUAGCAGAUUGGGUGAGUCCAAGAGUAUUGAUGAGUGUACAACCAUGAUUGCUCAAUUUGAUCUCAAUGGUGAUGGGGUCCUCAACUUUGAUGAGUUUAGGACCAUGAUGUUGUGAUGCCUUCCUUGCACUUUUUUAUUCAUUGAAUAUGUUUUAGUUUUCUUUUGGUAGUUUCUUUACCGGCCCUUUUUGUGAGAGCGGCCAUAUUGGCCUCCCCUCCAAAACCCUGAGCUUCCAUAGAGUAUUCGCAAUAUGGUUGGAUAUGUAUUUAAAAAUUACAUUUAUUUUGAACACUUGUAAAUUUAAUAGACUGGAUUGUACGAAAUUCUUAUAACUUUGAAGGAAAACUUUUCUCAUAGAA